ACAGGAGACCUCUGUGCGCUCAAGAAAAAAACCUUUGUAUUAAAGGAAGGCUGUGAAUACGCCGUCAAAAUCCACUUCAAAGUCAAUAAGGAAAUCGUGUCGGGGCUGAAGUACGUGCAGCAUACCUACAGGACCGGCGUGAGAGUGGACAAAGCCACUUUCAUGGUGGGCAGCUACGGACCGCGACCGGAAGAGUACGAGUUCCUAACGCCCGUGGAGGAGGCACCAAAGGGGAUGAUCUCCCGUGGAAGCUAUCACAAUAAGUCCUUCUUCACUGAUGACGACAAGCACGACCAUCUGUCCUGGGAGUGGAACCUGUCUAUCCGCAAGGAGUGGACCGAAUGA